AUUUUGAAGGAAGCAUGGAAUCUGAGUCUGUUGAGAAAGUUCUAAAGCUAAUAGCAGAAUCAUCCCUAAAUUUGGAGUAUCUUAAUAUAUCCGUUUUAGGUAAUUUAUUUCAAUGGAAAAUUGAUAAAGGUCUAACUGCAAUUGCAGAUUCAUGUCAUAAAUUAGAAUGUUUAAAUAUUUCUAAUCGCACAGAGUUUUCUGAAAUAUCAAUUUGUAAUGUUAUUCAUUCAAUUCCAAGACUCCAACGACUUGAUCUUAGCUAUUGUAAAAUUACUGAUAUAACUAUCGAAGAAAUUGCUAAAUCAAGUCUUAAUUUAAAAUAUCUAAAUCUGGAAGGAUCAGCUAAAUCCAAAUAUCCAUAUCGAGAAUUACCGGGAUCCGAAUGA